AUUGGCAUGUGAUAAAGGGAAGCUGAAAUCGAACCCACAACCUUCUGACUGCAAGGAGACUACUAUACCUGCUGAACCGCUGUCACCCUAUGUUCCCCCACAUUCCCUAUUAAGUGCCUCACAUGAUGUUCGUCAUUCAUCGAUAGUCAACAGGGUAAAAUGAAAAGAGGAAAGACUUGCAUUUCAAAUUAAAAGCACGCAGUGGUGUGGAGUUUGGUCUUAACCGUGUCCAUUUAAGAUGGACGGGACAGGUCGACUCAACCUGCAGGAGUUCAUACAUCUGUGGAAUAAGAUCAAGCAGUGGCAGGGAAUCUUCAAACAUUAUAACGGCGAUCAAACCGGCAGCAUCAACAGCUACGAGAUGAGGAACGCCGUCAAUGACGCAGGCUUCCGUCUCAACAACCAGCUCUAUGACAUCAUCACUAUGCGCUACGCGAACGAGAACAUGAACAUCGACUUCGACAGCUUCAUCAGCUGCCUGGUUCGGCUCGAAGCCAUGUUCAGGGCCUUCCAAGCAUUUGACCGGAGGAGAUGGAACCUGCUGAACGCUGUCCUGGAGGUGAACUCCACAUGA